AUGGAAAUCCCUGGGUACGACGCGCUGGUGUAUUACGCCACACCACCCAACAGCUACAUCGGCACCACCAUCUUCCUCUCCUACAUCGUCGCAGCACUUUACGCGACCAUCAAGAUCAGCUACUCGCUCUACGCUCAAUACACAGCCAUAUACAACACUUCUAGCCCGUCAAAGGAUGAGAAGCUCAAUGCAGCAAAGGCGGCGCGAGCGCGCCACGUCAAGAUCUACGCGUUCCUCGCUUCGAUCAGCUUCGCGACGUUGUCCUACCACAUGCUCAUGUUCCUGAUCACGCACUAUCUGGAAUGGAGCGGGGAUAAGAGUAGAAGCUUCAGUAAUGUCAGCGCGGAAAAGGUGAAGAGAUGGAUGUUAGAAUCGACUUUAUUCCAAGAUUUCGCGCAGGAUCUGGUUAAAGAUGCGCCGAACGCGGUGUGGACGCAGGCAGCGAUUCUGGCGACGUGGUUUUGGAACAUCUACAUGGCGCAGAAGGCGAGAACGCGCAGAUACGACACGUCGAUGGUGCGCACGUAUAUCCUGCUCGGCCAGAUCCUACCCAUUUCCUUUACAGUUUCGCUAUUCCUGAUCCAACUCCAUCUCUCUUCACCAGAUAUUGCACUCGCGAAUGGAGCACCUAAACCCGAUGUCACGUCCAAACGUCGCAAGCCGAUAGCAACACUGCAAAUCCCGAACAUUCUUCUCAACGCGGCUCUACUCGCACUUCCAGCUCUACAAUCCAACUCAGUCUUCAGCGGUCUACUUCUCGUAACUCGCGCCGUUUUGUUACUUCCCCACUUUUCGGCUAUGAGCUUGAGGGAUGCGGAUGUUGUUAAAUGUAUUACCGUGUCUGGUGGAUUUGCGGUUGCGAAUGCGGCGAUGAUGAGGAAGGAUCUCACGCCUGGCAGCGUUGUGGGGUCUUUAGUAAACGGCGGGUACGCAGUGAAAGCUCUGGGAUGGGAUGCAGUAUUGGGUCUGAUAGUGUAUGUUGUGUUGGGGUGGGGCGGAGGGGUCUGA